AACGGGGGAUGGGGCGGAAGAGGAACGAAAAUGUGGGUGCCUUGCAAAUAGGAGAGCUCCAGAUUUAGAAGGCUGGCCGUAUGGGUGUGUCUUCCCGCCACCCCGUUCACAAAAGUGCAGCUUUUGGCCCGAAAUACAUUUACUAGAGAAUCGAACCUAGCUCUAGGACGAAGCGACAGGUUUUCAGAGACUAGAAGGGGGUCACUUAGGGUAGACAUCGGAAUUAAGGUUUUUGUUUUGUUUGAUUUUGAAAUUAAAGUUUUGAUAGUGUGCCACCCUUUACUGCCCCCUAACACGGCCAGAUGUGGUUGUCGGGAAGGAGGGGAAGUGUGGCUUUAAUCGACACCGGAAGUGUGGCAAUCGGGGCCCAGCCUCAGAAUUUAGUUUUGAUUGGUUGGCUGUGGAGGUUGGGUUUUGAUUGGUGGCCUCGGCCAGACUAUGAUUGGUCGGUAACGGAACGCGGUUGCAGGACUGAUGAAUGAGCGUUGGGGUAGUUGACAGUGUGGCCUAUUCAAAUCCAAGGUUUCACAGACCGGAAGAGUCUGUGUCAUUUACACAUUUGGCAAGUAGGACGUAGAGAGCACCUAGAUAUAUGGACUCCCAACAGAGUUGACGACGAUAUCUGAUCUGAGUGGAAUUAUAGUCUCCGGCCAGAUUCUUAGAUUUUCCUACAGAAAAGUGGGUGUCGAGAGUCGUUUGAGGGCCCAGGAGCAGACUCCAUAGUUCAGAUCCCGGCGAAGGUUCCGCCGCGUUGGGGUUGCUGGGGAAGCUUAGGUCUCUUCCCCAGGGCCAUGGCGGACUCGAAGUUGCUGGUGCCAGAGCUCAACGAGACAGAGACAAUGGGCGCUGAGACGGCGCGUUUCCAGGAGCUGCUGCUGCAGGCUUCUAAGGAGAUCCAGCAAGCCCAGACAAACAGACCAGAAUCAACACAGAUUCAACCUCAACCCGGCUUCUGCAUAAAGACCAACUCAUCCCAAGGGAAGGUUUUCAUCAACAUCUGUCACUCUCCCUCCAUCCCUCCUCCGGCUGACAUGACUGAGGACGAGCUGCUCCAAAUGCUGGAGGAAGACCAAGCCGCGUUCCGCAUCCCCAUGAGUCUGGGAGAGGCUCAUGCCGAACUGGAUGCAAAAGGCCAGGGUUGUACCGCCUACGACGUAGCAGUCAACAGCGACUUCUAUCGAAGGAUGCAGAACAGCGAUUUCCUGCGAGAGCUUGUCAUCACCAUCGCCAGGGAGGGCCUCGAGGACAAAUACAGCCUGCAGCUGAAUCCAGAGUGGCGGAUACUGAAGAACCGGCCUUUUCUGGGCUCCAUCUCCCAGCAAAAUAUCCGCUCCAAGCAGCGACCUCGUAUCCAGGAGCUGGGGAACCUGUACACCGCGGACUCCCCGAGACCUGAGGAAGGCCCUGAGAAGCCUCACCUGAACAUUUGGCUGGAAGCCCCUGACCUCCUCUUGGCUGAAAUCGACCUCCCCAAACUGGAUGGAGCUCAGGGGCUGUCGCUGGAGAUCGGGGAGAACCACCUGGUGAUGGGGGGCUCCCAGCAGCUAUACCAUCUGGAUGCCUACAUCCCCCUGCGGAUCAAGUCUGAUGAGAGCAGAGCGGCCUUCCAUCGGAAUAGAAGGUUGAUGGUGGCGAUGCCCCUUCUGUCGGCGCCUUCUUGACCCAGUGGCUUCCAAGUGCGGAGAAGAGGUGGUGGCUUCUCCAAAGCUGAAAUAAAAGAGUUUUGCCCUUG